GGUCUCGAAUCAGGGGACAGUCUUCCGUCCCCGACGCUUCCUGCUGAGCUUGCUGCCUCCCUUCUCCCUGUCAUCGAGUCGUUCAAUGGUCCUUGCGAGCUGGCGCAUCUGUUUCUCAGCCGAGAGACUUUGACUGCGCUGACUCUGACAUGGUCUCCUUGGGACAAGUUGGUGGGGAUACAGUCUGCGCACGUCACAUACUUUGACGCUGCAGUCGACGCUCUCGACGCAAGCCAAAUGUCCCAACUCUUCCUGUCCCUCCCCAAUCUCGUGGGCAUGCGACUGCGGCUUUGGGAUCUCCCGGAGACGAUUCUGUCUCCCUCACUGAAUCUCAAUAUCAAGCUGUUUUUCGAUGCACUACCAACCAUUGCUACGCUGCCACGCUCUCUGGAGCGUCUGUUCAUCUGCUGGGAGCCUGGUUACGGCAACUUUGACUACCAUCGCACCCCGCACAUUCCAGAUUUCGACCGGCUCAAGAGCGGACUUUGUGAGCGUUGUCCAGCUUUGUGGGCAUUGUGGAUCGACGGCUAUGAGUAUCUCUUGAAAUGGAACAAACAAGACGGCCAUCAGGAGCUAGGAAACUCAUUUGCACAUGUGAGUUCCAUCCGAACAGGAUUGGAUGCAUUUUGGAGCGCAGGGUAGAUAAAUAUGUCUUGAAUAGUGUAAAUUAUUGCGAGCGAAGCGAGCAAUCAUCGACUAAGGGCUGCCAGCGCGCACAAAACAAGAACAAAUUCUAAGGACUUUUGAUGGGAGCUGGGGCAAGAUUGUUGUGCCUCAUACUCAUUCAAUUGUCCACAGUUCUCUCUGAAACUUGGCACACGAGUUAUAGUACUAUGCUUCCUACAGAAUAUCAAGUCCCAUCCAUAACAAUGGAGAAUUGAGCCCAGUCGAACUGCGCACCAAGCACCGGCCUAUGCUCAGCAAAUUCUCCUCCGUUUUCUUUGGGAGUUGCACAGUAAGAUGCCGGGUGUCGUAUACCUACAAUCCUAGACUUUGAGAGGUGUUACGCUGAGUGCUCUCUCUGCCGCUGGAACUCCAGGCUUUGCCUGCCGCCUUGCCACCAACCGGUCACGUGGGAUAUUGUGAUCAGUACCAGUUGGAGCGUACAAGUGAUUUUGCACGUAGAUAUCCCCAAUAGAUCUGAGUUUAGUGUAAAAAUGUGACUAGGUAGUCUUCGAAGCGAGCAUCCAG